AUCAGCCCUCCUGGGCAUUACAGACAAAGACGACCUAGCCAGCCCUAGUGAGGACGGGUGGUUUGCGUCAGACUUCUACCUGUUCCACUAUCUCUGUCCCCGCAAUUUCCAUGACCGCCUGACCAAAUAUGGCUGACGUGCGAAGACCCGUCGGCCCUCGUCGCAAAAUAACACGAAUUCCUUCAUGGUCCCUCCCUCUCCUUCUUCGACCAGUGGGCCAACCGGCGAAGACUGGCGGCAGGCGCCUGGAACGCCAAAAGUAUCUCGCAGAAGAGUACUUUGCCGCAAAGCCUGGUCCGAACGAAGCCGCUCCAAAUAUUGGCCUACAUAACUGUCUCCAAUAUGUCCUCAAUGGCGCUACCUACCCAAAAGACAAGCGAAUCACCUCGCAACCGGUAGUUGUACUCACAGACAUGGAGCUUGCUUCGGGACCGGGAUAUCUGCACAACUCCAAUUGGGAUCCGCCUGCAUUUCCCCAAACCCCUCCAGUAUCUCGCACCUGCGCUGGUGGAGUCAUCCACGUCCUGGGAGAUGAUCCAGGACCAGGUGGAGGCUAUGGCCUCUGA